AGAGAGAUGGGAACCUCGCAUCCCACCUCCCCGGACUUAGAAAGCGUUCAUCCUAAUGAUUCAGCCACCGAACCCCAAAAGCUAGACGCCGGUGCUCUCUUUGUUCUCAAAUCCAAAGGGUCUUGGGUUCACUGUGGGUAUCAUUUGACGACGUCCAUAGUAGCGCCCGCACUCCUGAGCCUUCCCUUUGCGUUCGCAUCGCUCGGUUGGGUCGCCGGAGUUAUUUCCCUGAUCGCUGGAGCCUCAGUCACCUUCUACUCUUAUAACCUCCUCUCGAUCGUCCUCGAACACCACGCUCAGCUCGGCCACCGCCAGCUCAGGUUCCGCGACAUGGCUAACGAUAUCUUUGGUCCUGGAUGGGGACGCUAUUAUAUUGGCCCAGUUCAGUUCUUAGUGUGCUUUGGUGCUGUCGUGGGCUCGACUCUACUCGGAGGGCAAACAAUGAAGUCCAUGUAUUUGAUCUCAAACCCGCACGGGACUGCAAAGCUCUACGAAUUCGUCGUCAUCUUCGGAGUUUUCAUGCUGGUUCUAGCUCAAAUACCCUCGUUCCACUCAUUGAGGCACAUCAACCUCAUUUCGCUUAUCCUGUGCCUCGCUUAUAGCGCUUGUUCUACUGCGGGUGCAAUUUAUGCAGGACAUUCUAAUCGCGCUCCGAAAAAGGAUUAUUCGCUUCUGGGUGAUCAACAACACCGUGUAUUUGGAGCAUUCAACGCUAUAUCUAUCAUUGCUACUACCUAUGGAAAUGGAAUUAUUCCAGAAAUACAGGCAACAGCUGCUGCUCCUGUCACAGGAAAGAUGUUCAAGGGCCUGUGCCUUUGCUACACUGUGGUAGUGAUGACAUUCUUCAGUGUAUCAAUAUCAGGAUACUGGGCUUUUGGUAACCAAGCACAAGGCACUAUUCUCUCUAACUUCAUUGUGGAUGGCACUACUCUAGUACCAAAAUGGUUCCUUAUGAUGACAAAUAUCUUCACUCUUCUCCAACUAUCCGCCGUUAGCGUUGUGUACUUGCAACCGACAAAUGAAUUGCUCGAAGGAUUAUUCGCUGAUCCCAACAAGAAACAAUACUCUCCAAGAAACGUUACACCAAGGUUCAUAUCUAGAUCCCUCUCCGUCGCUACUGCAACGCUCAUCGCCUCCAUGCUUCCAUUCUUCGGAGACAUAAACGCUGUUAUCGGUGCGUUUGGAUUCUUGCCUCUCGAUUUCGUCGUGCCAUCUGUUUUCUACAACAUUACGUUUAGGCCGUCAAAGCAGAGUGCCAUAUUCUGGGUGAACACUGCGAUAGCGGUUGUCUUCUCAUUGUUUUCGAUUGCUGGGUCUAUUUCUGCAGUGCGACAGAUUGUUCUUGACGCUAAUAAUUAUAAGUUGUUUGCAAAUGUCUGAUCAUUGUUUUGGCCAAAAUGUUUGGCGAGUGUGUAGCUUGGCUUUUGUAAUGCUGAUUGCUGGAAUGCAUUUGUUUCAUUGAAAUUCAA